AUGAGGCGGCGGUCCGCUCCUCUAUCCAAGCUUCACAGGGCCGGAAGGGGCCUGAGCUGCCUUGCACUGGGUCGCACUCAACCUCUCAGACUUGCACAGGUGCAGCGUUUAUCUGCCGUCGGCGGCAACCCCCGAGCCUAUGCUACUGUCGCUAAAGCCCACGACGAGGACAAGUCACAGCCGCCGCGCCAGAUCGCCGUCCUCGGAGGCGGGCUCACCGGUCUUACGGCGGCGCACUACCUGGCCAGACACGCGACGAAUGCUCACAUUACUCUCUACGAGGGAGACAACAGGCUGGGUGGCUGGAUCGAUGGCAAGCGCGUUCGAGUAUCAGGCGGCGACGGAGAAGAGGUACUGAUGCAACGUGGAGCGCGCAUGCUGAGGUCGGGGGCUACAUCAAACAAGUACGAAGAUUUGGUCUUCUACGAUGUUGUAGCAAACCUGAAUCUUCAAGACAAAGUAUUAUAUCCCAAGGGAGCCGCCGAGUCGCGUUACAUCUACUACCCCGACCACCUCGUUCAGCUUCCUUCGAAGAAGCUAUCGUUCGAAAACAUCAUCAAGACCAUACGCUCCAUUUUGACAGAGCCCUUAUGGACCGGAUGUUUCAGUGCUGCUGCCCGCUGGAGCAGGCACUUCACCCGCAAUCCUGCAUUGGUAGAACAGAGGAGAAAGGCCAUCAAGGAUACGCGCACCGUGUUUGACAAGGACGAGUCUGUUGCCGAUUUCCUUGGGCGAGUCUUCGGCAACAAGAACUCGCCUCCUAUCACAAAUAUCGUCUCUGCUAUGCUUCAUGGAAUAUACGGCGGCGACGUACACAAGCUCAGUGCUAAGCAUACCAUCUUUGAAAAUUUCUGGCAACAGGACAUGUUCCCCUUGCAUCAGGGCCUUUCCUGGAUUGCACGAAAGGAGUUUUUUUUGCAAUACGAUAUCCUAGAUGGACCCAACAGGCUUGCUGUCAUCGAGAUGGCCGAAAAGGCCAGAAACCAUAACCUGCUUGCCUUCAGUGACGGACUUGUGACCCUCGUUGAAGCCUUUGAAGCCGACCUGAGAGCCAUGAAGAACGUUACCAUUAAGCAGAACACCCCUAUCACGGCUCUCGAACUCCAAGACAACAAGGUCGCUGUCGAUGCCGGUCCAGGUUCUGGCAAAUACGACCAGGUAUUGAGCACGUUGUUCUCAGGGGACGUUGCCGAACUAGCAAAGCCGGCAAACUCACUCCCGUCGCUUGCUGCUACUGAGGCCGUUUCUAUCAUGGUCGUCAACCUGUACUACCCUAACCCAGAUCUGCUCAAGGAGAAUCCAGGGUUCGGUUAUCUGAUUCCUCAAUCUGUCCCUCCGGAGGAGAAUCCUGAGUGUGCUCUUGGCGUGCUGUUUGAUUCAGAUAUCGAAAUGGGCAAGGAUGUCCAGGGCACCAAACUCACUGUCAUGCUCGGUGGUCACUAUUGGAAUGAUUGGUCCAUUCUCCCGGACAAGGAGACGUCCACCGCCAUGGCCAUGGCCGUUGUUGAGCGGCAUCUGGGAAUAUCCCCAGAAGAGCCGGUAACAACUAGUGCGAAGAUGUGCCGCAACUGUCUUCCACAGCAUAAUGUUGGCCACGUUGACCGUCUACGCAGAGCGCACUACGAGCUAUCCUCCGCCUUUCAGGGUAAGCUGACUGUCGCAGGGCCUAGUUACACUACUGUUGGCGCGAUCGGAUCUAUGCGUGCCGGAUAUGAUGCAGCUAUGCGUAUUGCAAGGGGCCAUGGCCAACCUUGGUUCCAGCGCUCGGAAAAGGGGUUAGGAAUGUGGAACUGGCAUUUUGAAAUGCUUGAACGCGCCGAGAAGGAGCUAGGCAUCGCCGUACAAAUGCCUCUGGAUCAUGUGGGAACCACAGGCCUAGAAUGGGCGACUGAGAAUCAAACGUCGCAGAUCGGUGAGAUGCCGGCUGAGAAUCUUUGGUUCAAGGAGUGGACCAGGGAGAAUGAGAGGUUCUUAGACGACGAUGGUAAUUGGACGGUUGACACUGAUGAGCUCUUCAAGACGCCAGGAUUGUCACGUGGCCGUGCCGAAAGGUUGGAGCAGAUGCGGGCAAGCGACGACGAGAAGAACUAG